AUGGGGCGCAACGCGCGGAAGCGGAUAUCCUAUGUCCUGCCCCUUUCCAAAUCUGCUGGAGGACAUGGGCUCGGCGUCAAUGGCUUGGCUGUUGACCCAGUAAACUCCAUCCUGUACUCAGGAGGACGAGACGGUUUAGUAUGCACGUGGGACCUUCAUCUCGACCUGACACGCAAGAGUCACGAAGAAGGCGAUCCUUUGGCCGACUCCAUCGCCUCGAAUUCGAAACCGCCACCUACCCAGUUCCGCCAACAAGUCCAGGCACACUCGCACUGGAUCAAUGACAUCGUACUCGCCCAAGGCAACUCUGCGCUUGUUUCAGCAUCUUCGGAUAUAACAGUCAAAGUCUGGCGACCGGCUGCCCAGGACGUGAUCCCUCCCCAAACCAUUGGUCUGCACACCGACUACGUCAAGCGCGUGGCGUCUCCGGGACACCAUGAGAGUUGGAUAGCUUCCGGUGGUUUGGAUCACAAAAUCAAGUUAUGGGAUCUCAAUGGUGCUGGCGAAAGACUGGAGAUCACUGCGGGCGACGAUGAACGGUCAGCCAAGGGCUCCGUGUAUGCCCUGGCAGCCACUCCCUCCAUUAUCGCUAGCGGCGGCCCCGAGAGCGUAGUGCGCAUAUGGGACCCGAGGACCGGGAAGCGAAUCACCAAGUUCGUGGGGCACACCGACAUUGUUCGCGACGUCCUGAUCACCCGAGAUGGAGAUACUAUCCUCACUGCGUCCUCGGAUCAGACAGUCAAAGUUUGGUCAGUGGCGGCUGGCCGAUGCAUGUACACACUGACCAUGCACAACGAUAGUGUCUGGUCUUUAUACUCGGAGGAUCCAAGGUUAUCAGUCUUCUACUCGGCAGAUCGAUCUGGAAUAGUAGCCAAGAGCGACGUGCGCAACUGCGCCGAGAUGGAUGAAGGAAUCUCUGUAGCCGUCUGUCAAGAACAUGGAGGAGUCUUCAGGGUCGUCCAUUCCGGAGGGUACCUCUGGACGGCAACACAGAGCUCCUCCAUCAACAGGUGGAGCGAUGUGCAGACGGCGGCCGAAAUCCUGAUGCCGGAAUCGUACAAGCAGCAUCGAUCCAGUGUAGGUACUACACGAUCUAAAUUUCCAUCACCUCCUGCAGCAAGCCCACCGCCACACAGAGACGCACCAAAGAUACCCUUCAAGGCCUUGCUGCAAAUGUCCAACACUGCCCCUUUCCCCUUUUUUACCUCGAACGAUCCGGAAUCCUCAACGUCGUACUCCGCAACGAGCGCGCGAAAUCCCACCGAGUCAUUGAUCUCACCGGAUAGCAGCAUAGUGGUCCCUGUGCGAGACCUCCCGGAUUUCACCAUUGAGGGGCAAAAUGGCCUUAUCAAGCACCACCUUCUGAACGAUCGGAGAAGAGUCCUUACUCUUGAUACGGCUGGAGAAGUCAUGAUGUGGGAUCUGCUACAGUGCGUCCCCAUUAAAUCAUUCGGCAAGCGGCAUCUCGAAGAUGUUGUCCCUGAAGUCAAUACGCGAGAGAGUGUUGCUCAUUGGUGCGCUGUAGACACGCGAACUGGAAGUCUGACGUGCACACUUGAGGAAAAUUACUGCUUUGAUGCAGAGAUGUACGCAGAUGAGUUGGAGCUUGAUCAGAAGAUAGAGUUCCGCGACGAUCAGAGGAUAAAUCUUGGAAAGUGGAUACUAAGAUAUCUCUUCGCCAACCUUAUCGACGAGGAGAUCAAGAGAGACGAGGCUUUCAGGCAUUCGUUAUUGACUGGAAAGAGCAGCACCGCUAACCGCAGCCAUGCUCCUUUGAACAUCCAGAUACCUCCUCCGCCGGUGGAGGGCUGGCGAGAUGCCACAUCAGGGCCCACUUCAUCUUCUACCAUUCGUGCUAACGAUCUCUCCUAUCCUGUCACACCAGGAAUGGCAAUUGGGCUCGCCACUCCCGGUGUUCCCCCUUCCAGUUCCGGAAAUGCGUCACAUGUGAAUGCCUUGACGCCGACUACGGAAGAAGGGGCACCAUUGGAGAAGUCACAGACCCAGCAGAGCCAGCCGAAUACCGGGGGCGACUACUUCUCCAGUGUCGGUGGGAGUUACAGCAAUGCGACCCCUGCCGCUGGCGCUGAACUCCCAUCCGAAGGAAUGCCUGAAACACUUCCGCAAUCGCCAUCCGAAGAGAUGCCCGCCACUAAGAAGGGUAAGGCCCUUUUUUCGAAGAAGUUCAACAUGUCUUUCAACAUGAAGAAAUUCGGCUCUCCUGUUGCAGCCCCAGAAACACCGAAGCCAGCGGCAGCGGACGACAAGGCCGAGGAGAGCGACUCGACCAACAAGACCGACGAGAAGGCCUACGAAGACAGCUUCUUGGGCACCAUCCAGAAGAUACGGCAGAUAUACGAGGACCAGGUGAACAUGGGUGUUACGACUCUGAACUCGCAGAUUAUGCCUAGUCUACCGAACGACACGCCUGUACUAAAGCCCCCAGAGUCAACGACCAUACUCAUCCAGGAAGACCGCCCGAAUCAGGGCGGCGUGGCGGAUCUCUUCGAAGGCAAAGUCGGCACUCUCGGCCUCCAAGCCGAUCUCAUCGAGAAGGUUGCUCCCGCCUGGCUAGCAGACGUGCUUCUCAAAAACCAACUCCCCCACAAGGAGGUCGUCAAAGUCAGCUUCAUACUCGAACCCUACCAAAACCUCCUGCCGAGCCUCUCAUCAGACGGGUACAUUCCCCUCUUUACCCCCUCAGAUAGAGUCGUCCGCGACGCUAAUCCCACUCCAAGCAAUAACCGCCUCAAUGCGAAUCGCAUGCUUCGCGCGAGGAAGAUAUUAGCAUACGUGGCUGAGAGGAUCGAGCCCCCGCCCGAGGAAAAGGAGGGGGAGGAGGUGUUGAAGCCGGAGGAGUAUUUGGAAUUGUAUUGCCAGGGACAGGUAUGUCGUCAUGCUACAUUUACAUAG